CCGGUAAACGCCAAUGUUAUGUGCGCAUUUGUUUUUUUCGCCGACUGGAAACACGUUUAUGCUAUAAGUUUGUGCUUGACACGCCGGUCUCUUUGAUUUAAACUUGAAGGUGUGGAGCCUGUCAUCUGGUAAAAAUGUCGGAGCAGUUGUUGCAGUGGUGUGUGGAACAGUUACAUCACAAGUUUGGAUUGGAGGCGGGUGAAGAAAUCGUCCAAUAUAUUCUAUCAAUCGAGAAGGCUGAAGAGAUUGAGGAAUAUGUGGGAGACCUCCUGCAGGGUACAGAUGGGAAAAAGGGGCAGUUCAUUAACGAGCUCCUCAGCAGAUGGAAGAAGACUCAAAGACAGGCAGCAGAUACCACAGGUCUUUUCAUUCUCAAAGAAUCUGUUUCAUCACCAGAUGCACAAGAUAUGACCCGAGAUACCCAGAAGAAAUCUAAACGAAAAGGACGCAACAAACAGGAGGUGAUGACCGUGAGCCAAGCAGAACCUGUGCCAGAAGCUGUAAAAACCCCCAUUGAUCUGAUGAGGGCCCAGGAAAAUAGUAAUACAUCAUCAUCAAAGAAGAAAACAAAGUUUGUCAAUCUCUACGCUAAAGAGGGUCAGGACAGGCUGGCUGUGUUACUCCCAGGUCGGCAUGCUUGUGAAUGCCUUGCCCAAAAGCACAAGCUUAUUAACAACUGCAUCACCUGUGGCCGUAUUGUGUGUGAGCAAGAGGGCUCAGGACCCUGUUUCUUCUGUGGCAGCCUGGUCUGCACAAAAGAAGAACAGGAGAUCCUCCAACGAGACUCCAACAAAAGCCAGAAACUAAGAAAGAAGCUCAUGGGCGACUUCGGAGAAAGAGAAUAUCUCUCACACCAAGAGGCCACGAUGAAGGCUGGGCUGGAGAAAGCAAUUCAGCACAAAGACAAACUGCUGGAAUAUGACAGAAAUAGUAUCAGAAGAACACAGGUUCUGGAUGACGAGUCUGAUUACUUUGCCACUGAAUCCAAUCAGUGGUUGUCACCCAAUGAGCGAGAGAAACUGAAGAAAAAGGAAGGGGAGCUGAGAGAGCUUCGCCAUGCCUCUCGCAAAGACAGGAAGAUCACACUUGACUUUGCUGGUAGACAAGUAAUUGAAGAGGGAAACAACCUGAAUGAGUAUUACAACAAGUUGGAUGAGACCCUCAAGGCAAUGAGCAAUGAAUCGGUGUCCAAAUCACCAAUGUAUUCUGAAAGAAAGGGUGGACGGCAGGGCCUCAGAGAUUUGGUGAAUCCCAACAUAAUGCAAUCUGCGCCAGAGUGGGUUGAUGUUGGAGGGAGUGAAAGCCACAAGAAACCAAUGGAGAAGGGAAAGAGUGCAAUGGAGGACAAGGGAAGAGAAGAAAGACACCGGUUGAGGCUCCAAGACAAAGAGCUGCAGGAGAUGUCCGAUGGCGGCUGGUGCCUCAGCAUGCACCAACCGUGGGCCUCGCUACUGGUAAAGGGCAUCAAGAGGGUAGAAGGACGAACGUGGUACACGUCACACCGUGGGCGACUUUGGAUUGCAGCUGCAGCAAAGAAGCCCACCCCUCAAGAAAUCGCAGAGGUGGAAGCCAUGUAUCGCCACAUUUAUAAAAAAGGGCCCAUGUUUCCUAAAGACUAUCCCACUGGCUGCUUGCUGGGCUGCGUUAAUGUGACUGACUGUCUAUCUCAGCAGCAAUUCAGGGAACAGUUCCCUGAUACCUGUGAGGAGUCUGCUUCUCCAUUUGUCUUCAUCUGCACCAACCCCCAGGAGUUGCUCGUGAAAUUCCCCAUGAAAGGGAAGCACAAGAUCUUCCUGGAUUGGCCUCCCCAGAGCACCGUUGAAGCGGUAUCGGAUCUUCUUGACAGAGGGCAGAACAAAAGGCAGCCGUACAAAGAAGAGCUUUUAAUGUCCUACAAGAAGCCUGGAGAACUAUUCCUGAAGACUACUUAAACUUAAAUACUCAAAUAUUAACUUUUAAGCUUGCUGGAACUGUAUAAACUUUGUUUUUGUGUUAUGUCCCACAUGUUUCCCUUUUUCUAGCAAAAUAUAUGAAUUGAGGGAAGGUUCCAGUCUUUUGCUUAGUAUUGUAUGAUGGAAAUAAUUCAUUUACACAUAAGCUACAUAUGCAAAUGAAUCUCUGUAACCACAUGCAGUGUUUUGGACAGUACAGAACCAAAAUGCAAUUGUUCCUUAUUAGAGAUGUAAAUAUAAAGUCCUUUAACAGCUUUUAAAGAGCUCUUCAUUCACUUUCCACUGAACAUAGAGUAACUUGUGAACAUAUGACUCCACUGAGUACUUUGUGAACAAAGCUUAUCUUCUGCUGCACAGAUUAGUCACACUGAUGGCUCUCCAGCAGAUACAAUAGAGCUCUCUUUUGUUCAGGUUUCUCACGACAAGAAAGGAAGUCAAGGGUAUAAUUGCCAAGAUGAGAAAUUCAGCUUCGACACCAGGUCACGAUGGAAUCUCAAGUAGUGUAAUUCAUUGACAUAUAUAAUCUGAAAAUCGCUGGAAACUGGAGUCUUUUUUUCCCCCCGAGGACCUCAAGGUUGACAGUGUAGUUCUUCUUUAAGCCUGAAGUGCCGCCAACAUUUUCUUUCAUCUUUUUUAAAAGCCCUCUAAAUAGUUGGACAGCAUAAUAUCACAGCAUUACUUUUAUGCUGACAUUAUACAAUAAAGCAAUUUCGCCAAAGUAUUUAGUAAUAUUUUUCUCUCCAGUGGACCAUUGAUAGAAACUAUGAUAAAGAUGUUAACUUAAAUUGUUGAAUGCUGAUGAAAACAUGCACUCUUGAGAGAUGUUAUUAAUAAUUAUAAUACCACUGUUAGUUAUGGCUUUGCCUUUCCUUAUGAGAAACAACCUUCUCAUAAGGAAAAAUCAGUGGUCUUCCAGUGAUCGCACUGAAUUCUUUCCAAUUAAUUGACAAAUAGUUGCAUCUGAUCACCAGACAGAUUGCUAACACGCUGUAAUCAGUGCAACUUGUCCAUAAACUGUCUGUUUGCAGACAAGCUGACCUGGUAUUUGCAUUAUUAUUGCAAACUAUUUUUUUAAGCAAUCCUUUCAAAGGCAGUGAGCUUGUAAGGCUAUUUCCUGUCUGAAGAAUUGUGCUUGCAGCACAAUGUCCAGCCACCGGUUUCCCUAGAUUGGAUGUAGCACUAGAUCCUAUUGGAUGUCUCGAGUAACUCGUGGUUUCAGAUAAGCUUACAUUAAUCACUCUUGGAAAGGUCUAACUUGGUAUUUCUUUGUCAGCGGGGAAAAUUAAAUUACUUGAACACACGUGCUGUUAGCAAACAGUAAAACACUGCUCGGAUAAUGAUUAGUCCAUCAGUUUACCUCUGACAAAAACACAGGUUAUUGUUUAUUCCUUUUCUCUCCUGUGUUGCCUUUUAUUUUAGAAGAAAACACAACACAGUUGAGGCUUCUCAGUUUACUCUGCCUGUAAUCAGUUGGGUUUUUUAUGCAGAGGAGUUUCCAUUCGUAGUAAGUUAAUACAGCUCAGCUGCACCAGUGUUGUUGCUGAGAUUAUAAGUUUAACUACUAUUUUACUUCUGAUAUUCAGUUAAGUGAAUUGUAUUAGAGGUGGUACUUCGAUUAACAGUGUAUGUAACACUAUCCCACAGAAACGCAUAAUAUCCCAGUAACACACAGACAGUACUUUGUUGUGUAGUAGCUCCAUUGCAUGUUUAUCAUAUGAUUUGUCUCCAGGUUGCUCUGUAAAAAAUGCAGAACCUAUUAAGUACUCUUGAGGGAAUUGCUUAAAGCAAAGAAAUCCAUAUUUACAUGUUCUGUGUAACAGCCACAAGCCCGGGGACUACACAUCAAAAAUACACAUUUCUCAUUAUUUAUUUGCUAAACAUUCAACAUCUCACUUCCUGCUCUUCUUUCAGUGUGAUUAUAAUUUUCUGUGUGCAUACAUUAUUGAGCUCUUGCAAUAUGUAUAGCCCAUAAUCACUCAGUAUGGAAAUCACACAACAUAUACCCUGAGAAAAUACUGCAUCUUAAUUUUGUUCAACUAACCAUCAGCUACACUGUUACCUUGUGAUUACCGUUUUUGUUUUAAGUGUGAAAUCACUGCACCAUGUGAUUGCAAAUUACCUAACAAAUGUCCAUCUUUUCUCUUGAGAUAGUCGUGAUUUUCUCUUUUUUCUGUCCUCUGUUUCUCCCUUGUGCUGUUCUUCUUCUUCUGUCAUCCACUGCUGGGAGACAGAAAGAGGUUAGAGCAACGGAAGUCCUUUUUUGGUUAUUUAUUCAUGGAUUUUCCAUUUAAUAUUCAUGCCUUUCUCAGGACUAUCUGGGUGCAGAAGAGAAUUUGCUGCCUCGGAGGCUGCAGGGGCCAAAAAUCGGGUUUCAGCUCCAAUGAGCCCAGCAGAUGAAGGGAAAAAAAAGAGAGAGAGGGAGAUAGAGAGGGAAUGAGCAAGUGGGGUUUCAUGUGUUCUCUAGUAAAUGAGAGGCAGGCCUUGAAGGUGACAGGCUGUGUUUAUUACUGAUCUGUCAGCCGGUUAAUGGGGAGAGUAGAGGAGAAGAGAGAGGAGGGAGCUGAGCUGCUGAGUAGAGACCAGAGCACACAGACAUGGGAGCCAGAGAGAGCCCCAAGCAAUAAACUUUGCCAUGCUAGAUCUGCUUGUCCUUACAGAUUCAGUAACAACACUCCUGCAUGCUAAAUUAGGAACUGUAAAUAACUGAAUGAAUAACAAUGUGUUUUUGCAUUGUUUUAAAAUUGGGAUGUUUCAGUAAAUGAACACUGGCAGAAAGCUCUGCGAUCAGUCAUUUCCAGACUAUACUUAGUCAAGACUUUACACACAGAGGAAUGUAUUAGCUGGCAUCCAAGUCAGUAUGAAGAAUGAAGCAUGGCCUUCUUUUUUUACCUGCGUUGGGAAAGGAUUACGCGUUUUUUCUUUGCUCGUCUAAACUCACCUGACCUCCACGUAUGUUUGACAUGUAGGUCUGCACUGAGUUUGGUGAGCAUCUUUUGCCACCUCUUAACGUCAUGAGCUUUCAGGGAUUGAUUGUUAUGCUUGUUAUGCACAUUAUGAUAUUACAAAAGCCUAACAGACUACAGUGAUAGUGAUGGGAGAUUUUACCUAAAAUCCAUAUUACAGUGAUGUAACCGUUACAUAAUUCACUACAAAAUGGGUUUUAAUGUGUAUAUUUUUACAUUUUUACAUUUUUACAGUGCAAUAAGAAAACAAAAUUGACUUUGAGCCCAACUAAGUAUUUAUUUAUUUACAUUUUGGCUUAGUAUCCUAAAUAGAUUUGUUUUACACCCCAGUUAACAAAGGUUAUGAGCAUACACUAACUGGGCACGAUAAGGCAGCUACAGUAGUUGCAGAUUGGCUGACUGCCUGCGUGAAAGAUUUAAUUUAUUGAAUAUAUCGACAUGAGUAAAAUUAGGUCGGUUAGAAAGUCAUAAUGUUGAUUAAUGGAGUUAUUUGAUUAAUUGCCCAGCCCCAGUGAAAAGAGCGAGCGAUUCGUCUUGGUGCUGACAGGAUAUUGAAAGGAUGUCUUUGCAUUUUGAGACACGAUAUGUUGAAUAUUUUUUUGCUAUGUUUGUUUCCCUUCACUGAGUUGAGUAAGGGAAAAGAUGCUUUGAAGUAGAAGCCAGAUCUUGGUUUGGAAAAUUAACUAAGAGCGUAUUUUUAAAAAAAACAUUUUUAAAUAUUGUGUAGCCCCGGCAGGACAUGCUUUGCCUCGGAGCUUUGUAGCAUUUGAUUGCAGUUGAGCUCAGAGGUUUUAUCAGCUGCCCUUCGUAAUGAAACCUUCUGGCUUUAUAUUUUACUAAAGGGUGAAAAGGCAGUGUAAAGAAAUUGCUCUUUGUUGUAACAAGAGAUUUGUCUUUUCUUAUCUUAACAAGCAUUGUUGCCUUUAUCAGACGCCGUUACAAAAUACAUAUCAGUCAGCAUUUGACGUGCUACUGCUGUCUUCAGUGUCACGUUGCUGUGUGUGCAGCAUCCUUUCUGUACAAUUCAUAUGGCUGUUUUUUUUUUUAAUUCAUAUUGCUAUGUUAUUUUAAUCUUUACAGUGAAUGUGUGAACACACCAUAUGUGGCACUGGUUUGAACAGCUUGUAUUCUUGUCUGUGUGAUAAAGGCAUUUGAAUAUACUGCACUGUGUCCUUCAUCGAGAUGCAUCGAGUAGUUAUAGAUUAUCUCUGGAUCAAGUUCUGAUGGUAUCUGAGAGGGUGACACUUAAAAAAAUUAGUUUUCUCAUCAGGUACGUGGCAGGCGGGAGAGUAAUACUUGUACCUUACACUCAAUUCCAAAUUAGAGGUUUUGUAACCAAAUUAUUUUAAUGCUACAAAUAGUCUUCACUUUUUUCCAGGCGAGAGGGGAAAAAAAACAAUUUUUUUUUUCACAUGGCUGCUUGGCUCAUCACACAGUUGGUUUCAAUCUUACCUGCGGCUUACAGAGAACACAGCUAAUUAUUUAUGCACAGUCUACCCAGAUCCAGGGUUUCAAGCACGCGGCUACUCAUCGACUUAACAAAGCAGCAAACUCAACACACUUUCUUCUGUGUCUCCAUUCGUGUGCAGCAUUUAUAUUACUUGGUGAACACACUAUACAUUAAUAGCACCUUUUUCUAGCUGCAUUGUAAAUAUAUAAC